AUAUUUUGGUGCUGAAUAAGAGCACCCUGUCAUUAAGCACAUUGCCAGGCAAACACAGACCAAUGACAUCACACAGCAUUCUUAACAAAGUAACAAAAUGCGGUGCACUGGGUGUCACAACCUGGCUCAGAAGUAUGUAAGAAGGGUCACAAAGUUCUAAGUAAUGCAAAUGUUUCAAUUAAAUACAUGAAAUAGAAAUGCUGUGUGAUGGUACGCACAUCAGAAGUCCUGGAAGGAAAGAGGGGAGCACAGCCAACCUUAUAAGACAAACAAAAAUAGGGUGACCCUGGCGCCAUGAUACUGUUCAUGUCAGAUUUCUUGGCACCCUGUGUGCGCCCUGGUAAGGCCAUGACAUCCUUUGAAGAUCUCUCACACUGCCAACCUCCUAAUGCCACGCACCUAAUUUCUUAGUUAAUUGGCUUUGUGGACAUUCUACAUACACAGUUGGGCACAUUUUACCUACAAUCUGUGUGGCUCAGAAUUAAAAUGGUCUGUUUUUUCGCAGAAUGAAAUGUGGUGAGGAGAGAGAGAGAUUGUACAAAACUGUGGGGACACAAUAUUAUUAUUUUAAGGGGUCCAGUUUCCAUCCUUACGCCCCUGGACUUGAACCAUGUACUUAUUACAUUGAUGUCUGGUCAUAGCUGUUGGUCGUUUGUUCUCUCCACUGGUUACCCUGCCGUGCGUCUUUACGCGUGAUUGUUCCUUUAAGAAAAUGAAUUUGAGCCGCUCCGCGCUGACGUAAGGGAAUUGGAGAGGUUUGUGUGCCCUGCAGGAAGAGGCAGAUCACCGUGAUGAGGGCCAGGCAGGGGUACCGGAUUUCUUCAGCAUUUUCCUUUCUCUCCGUUAUUUAGUGUGUUUUUACUAUCUCACAUCCAGUGAUCAGGUGGAGGCUUUUCAAGUUCUCUAUGCCAGCGUAAUGGUGGCAUUUCAGACCCCCGCCCUUUUCUGUAUUCCAAGUUUUUUGUGUUUUUUUUAGAUUUCAUGCCUCAUUCUGCUCGUACAGUUUUUCAAAGUGCGUCGAGAUGUUCUGUCGCGAAGUAGGAAACUCCUCUGGACGUACGCGGAUGAACUAUUUUUUCUGUUGCAGAGACUGAUCAGAUUUGCUCUGCAUUACUGUUGGCUUUUACAGAAAAAAACAUGCAUCAUAACCAGGAGGAGCAGUCGGUAAAUCCAAUUACUGCGCAGCACGGGACAGCGCACCACAGUGACACCCACAGCCUGGGGAGCAGCUUGGGCAGCAGCCUCACUGACCUCCAGCCACCUGCUUACUCCAAACUGGAGUUCAGGAGAAAUUCAGUGUCAGAUGAUUAUAAGAUCACAACCCAGGUCCUCGGCCUGGGAAUCAAUGGCAAAGUGCUGGAAUGUUACUGCAAGAAAACAGGAGAGAAGUGUGCCCUCAAGAUCCUGUAUGAUACUCCUAAAGCUAGACGAGAGGUUGAGCUGCACUGGCGAGUUUCCGGAGGUCCCCACAUUGUCCGAAUACUCAGCCUGUAUGAGAACAUGCACCAGGGGAAGAAAUGUCUCCUCAUCAUAAUGGAGUGUAUGGAGGGAGGGGAGCUGUUCAGUCGCAUUCAGGCCAGAGGGGACCAGGCUUUCACGGAGAGAGAGGCAUCAGAGAUCAUGCAUGACAUCGGCACAGCCAUAGAGUACCUCCACCACAUGGACAUUGCUCAUAGGGAUGUAAAGCCUGAAAACCUGCUCUAUACCACGAAGGAGAGUAACGCUACACUAAAACUGACUGACUUUGGCUUUGCUAAGGAGACCAUGCUGCACAACUCCCUGCAAACUCCUUGUUACACACCAUAUUAUGUCGCCCCAGAGGUGCUUGGGCCAGAGAAAUAUGACAAAUCUUGUGACAUGUGGUCUCUCGGCGUCAUAAUGUACAUUCUUCUGUGUGGGUUUCCUCCGUUCUACUCAAACACAGGUCAGGCCAUCUCUCCAGGCAUGAAGCAGAGGAUCAGGUUGGGCCAAUAUGAGUUCCCCAACCCUGAGUGGGCUGACGUUUCUGAGGAAGGUCAGGAUUUGCACAUAAUAUUCAUCAAUACCAAACAGCUGAUCAUUCAGUUACUGAAGACAGACCCCAAUGAGAGGAUGACAAUUGGACAGUUCGUGAACCAUCCUUGGAUUAGUCAGUCAAUGGUGGUCCCUCCAACACCCCUCCACACCUCUCGUGUUUUGACAGAGGACAGGGAGCUUUGGGACGAUGUUAAGGAGGAAAUGACCAGUGCCCUGGCCACCAUGCGUGUUGACUACGACCAGGUGAAGAUCAAAGACCUAGACAUGUCCAAUAAUCCUCUGCUCAAUAAGAGACGGAAGAGGCCUAUGACUGAAGGGUCCGACACAGGAGGAGAUGGUGAUGGAGGAGUGGUGUGUAAUAGUCACAGAGAAGUUACAUUUUCUGAAAAGCAUGGGGAAAUGAUUAUUUGAGAAAAAUAGUAUAAAAGUCUGAAAGCCAGAGUGAGCAAUAUUUUCCCAUCUACAUGUCACUUUGUUGUAUUUUACUCACAUUUUCUCCGUCGUUGUUUAUUUUGAUUGUUACCACUCUGACAUUAAAAAUACAAUGUUGUGUUUUUUUUGUGUUUUA